AUUGCUUGGCGGCCAGGCUAGCGGUGGCCAGCCCACUUUCCCACUCAUAUUCCUCAAUUCAUAGACAGUUCAAAGAGAGAUAGAUCUGUAUCCUAUAAAUAUUAAAAAGCAGCCAUCUCUCUUUCUCGUAGAUAACCAACAAAAUUAACCGCCAUGGACGGGUCAUCCAACCACAACUCCAACCCCAACCCGGCCCGCAUCAUCUUAAUCCCUUUCAUGGCUCAAGGCCACAUGAUCCCCAUGGUCGACAUGGCCCGCCUCCUCGCCUCCUCCGGUGCCCUCGUCACUUUCAUCACCACCCCAGUUAACGCCGCCCGCAUCCGCCCUAUUAUUGACCACAUUGAGAACUCCCAUCUCCCUGUCCGCUUCGUCCAACUCCCCUUCCCCUCCGCUGACGCUGGCCUCCCUGCCGGCUGCGAAAACGCCGACCUCAUCUCCUCCCCUGAUCUCUUCAAAUCCUUCAUGGAAGCCCUCUCCCUUUUCGGAGAGCAAGUCAAGCUUUACCUCACUGCUGCAAACUCGACGGCGGUGCCGGCCGACUGCAUUAUCUUCGACUGCUUGAACUCCUGGGUUCGUGCGGUGGCUAAGAGCCUCGACAUACCUCACAUAAUGUUCUACGGGCCGUCGUGUUUUUAUAUACUCUGCGCCCAUCUUUUGAAGAAGCACCAGGUGCUGAAAAGCAUUGAUGAUGAUUAUGAGCCAUUUAAGGUUCCGGAGUUGCCGGAGCCGGUGGAGGUGAUGAAGGCGCAGGUGAUGAGGUGGAUGGAUAGGCCGGGCUGGGAGAAGAUAAGUGAGGAGUUCUACAAGACCGAGAAGUCGGCAUUCGGCGUUGUGAUGAACACCUUUGAGGAGCUGGAGAAGUCGGGUUUGGAUAAAUUCAGGAAGGAGAUUGGAAAGAAGGUAUGGCCCAUCGGGCCAUUGUCACUCGCCAACAAGGACUUGGAUAGCAAGGUCAUGAGAGGAAAAGCUUCUUCCAUCGACACUGGGGUGUUAUCAAGCUGGCUAGAUUCCAAGACCCCCAAUUCAGUCAUGUUUGUGAGCUUUGGGAGCUUGUCACGCAAUCCCAUCUCCCAGCUUGUGCAGAUCGGGCAAGGGCUUGAGUCUGCGUCAUCUUCACAGUUGUCAUUUAUUUGGGUGGUGAAGGAGGCAGAAAGGAGCGAGGAAGUCGAGAAUUGGUUGGCGGAGUUUGAGGAAAGAACAAAAGGGAGGGGGAUGGUGAUCAGAGGAUGGGCGCCACAAGCGAUGAUUCUUGGCCAUGUGACAGUGGGCGGAUUUAUGACACACUGUGGGUGGAACUCGACGUUGGAAGCGAUUGCAGCUGGAGUGGUGAUGGCGACAUGGCCGAGAUUUGGUGACCAGUUUGUUAAUGAGAGAUUGGUGGUGGAUGUUUUGAGAAUUGGGGUGGCGGUUGGGGCAAAGGUGCCGAUUUUUUAUGCGGAUGAGAUGAGUGGGAAAGGAUUGGUGAAGGGGGAAGAGGUGAGGAAGGUGGUGGAGAAGGUGAUGCAAGGAGGUGAGGAAGGGGAGGAGAGGAGGAAGAGGGCGAAGGAGUUGGCGGAGAAGGCGAGGAAGGCAAUGGAGGAAGGAGGGUCUUCAUUUGAGAAUUUGAAGAGGGUAAUCCAAUUUGCUGAGGGAGAAAAAAAACAUUUUGAAUGAGGCUUUGAUUUGUAUUGUAUCUAUUUUUAGCAUUUUGAAAUGGGACUAUAUGUUGUUUUGUUGAGGUAUGAAUAAACAUAUGUUGUUUUAUUUUUA